CUGAUUACACAUUAACCAAAGGAGCUGGAGCAUGCUGUCUCAUUAUCACUUCUUUCUGUUCUCGUAAUUAUGGCCACUCUCUAGCAUUUAGCAUAAGCAAUUUGGUAAAUGGGUACUUGGUAUGAAUCAUAUUUGAGACUAUAAGUGGUACACAUACAACAUAACAGGACAUUAAUUUAUACACAAGGUGCCGUGGCUGAGUAUUGGAGAAGGACAAGACACAGAGUUGUUCUGGGACUAUUUGACUGUUAGCUAUUACCAUUUAGCCACCAUCACCAUGGGAUGUUUUGGAUCAAAACCAGAAGAACAGAGUUAUGACUCAAAUGCAGAGCAAGAAAUCCCUUUACAGACAGAAACUCCUAAAAAAGAUAUAAAUCAAGCACGCUCACAUGAAGUGGAUGUUACUCUGGAUGUGGACACAGCUCACCCUAAGCUGAAGAUAGAUGGGAAAUCACUACAGUGGACUAAUGAAUCACAGCAGAGAAACAUUAACAUUGAGAACUGUUUUAAUGAAGAGCCUUUUGUGUUGGGCAAAAUGGGCAGUCCUUUGAAGAGUUACUGGGAGGUAAAUGUGAAGGAGAAGGAUGACUGGGUGCUUGGCGUUGCCAAGGCAACGGCUCACAGGAAGGGGCCGUUGGCUUUCACUCCAACUAAUGGAUUCUGGGUAAUCAGACUAUCCAAUGGGCAAAGACUUAAAGCCAUGGAGGAUGAAGAAUGUGUUCUUGACAAAGGUAUUCCAGAUAAAGUUGGUAUCUAUCUGGAUUAUCAGGAAAGGAAGGUGACUUUCUUUAGUGCAGAAGAAGGUUCACACCUCUACUCAUUUAUUAAUGGACCAAGUUAUCAGGAUGAUGUCCGCCCACUUUUCUCACCCUGGAACAACGAUGCAUAUGCAAUCACAAUUUUGCCCAUCUCGGCAACAUAGAAAAACAUAAUUCAUCACAUACUCUACUUGUCAAUAGCUUAUUGUGGUAUAAAGCUAUGUGAAUCCUUUUCGAUUAAGUAAUAUAAAGAAUUGUGGAUUAAUUCAUAUGAUCCUUUGCUGUCAUCAAACCAGGCAUCAACGUUGUGUUUCAUCUUCUUUAUUAAUAUAUUAGACAUUCAUUAUUUCAGUAGUGUAUUGUGUGUGACAGUAAACAUGCAUUUUUGUUGAUUUGUGAAAAAUACAAGUUCUUAUUUGGUAUCUGGUUGUAGAUCUAUUGAUGACUAGGAUAGAGAGAAACAACUACCUUCUAAUGGCUUGUAUGUAGUUGUUUUGACAAGUUUGGUAAUCAUCCAUCACAUAAACCUUGAUUAUCUAAACAAUGACCAACAAUGGAAUCUGGUUAGCCAGAUUGUCAAGCCCUGACCUUAGAGAUCCUUUUUAUGUCUCUAUUUUGGUUGGUCAGGGCGUGAGUUGGGGUGGGCAUUCUAUGUCUGGUGUUCUAUGUUGUUCUAUGUUUUGUAUUUCUAUGUGUUUGGCCUGGUAUGGUUCCCAAUCAGAGGCAGCUGUCUAUAGUUGUCUCUGAUUGAGAACCAUACUUAGGUAGCCUCAUCCCACCUGUGUUUUGUGGGUUGUUGUUUUCUGUCUUUGUGUCUGCACCAGACAGAACUGUUUCGGUUUCGUUCGUCUUUUUGUUGUUUUUGUUAUUUAGUGUUCUGAGUUAAAUAAAUUUAACAUGGACACUUACCACGCUGCGUUUUGGUCCGAUCCUGACUACUCUUCAUCAGACGAAGAGGAAUAUCGUUACACAGAUACUUGACACAAUACGUAUAUUGACCCAGUGACGCCUGUAGCUACUUGUCCAGUGUAACAUCUAGUUAGACCAUAUCAUUACAGAUAUUUCUACCAACAUUUUAGUUUAUUCAGUCUGUUAUAUGAAGCGAUUCUAUGAUUUAUUUUUUUAAAUAACUAUCACGACUUCCACCGAAGGUGGCUCCUCUCCCUGUUCGGGCGGCGCUCGGCGGUCGUCGUUGCAGGUCUACUAGCAGCCACCGAUCCUUUUUCCUUUUCUUUUGGUUAUGUCUGUUUUGUGUUUCACCUGGUUUCAUUUUGGUUAAUUAGGGGGGGUAUUUAUCUCGACAUUUCCUUUGGGAUUUUGUGCGGGAUUGUUUUCGUUUGACUGUCAGUGAGUUUGGGUUUCGUUUUCAUUAGUUCAUGUUUAACAGGUGGUUUUUCCCUGGACUGUGUCUGAGUGGGGUUUCGUGGCUACUGCUGUAGUCCGGUGUCCUGUUAAUUUUUGAGCUGGUUGAAUAAAACACCCUUUUCUUCGGAA